CCAAUACUGUAUGGCGGUUUGUUUUCCCCUAAAAGUGGGCGUGACUCUGUGUAGACCUUCUAUAACUCUGCGCCGGUUGUGCGUAUGUUGUUGUUUCUUCGAAAAUGACGUGAUCGCGCUGCAUGCGCUUUAAACAACAUGGGUUCGCGCACAGUUGAAAGCGUGAUAUCCGAUGAAUGCUGAGGGUUACCUUUUUUUAGCAUAUUGAUUUGACGAUUCCUGGACGAAAUCACUUGCUUGUGAUCAAACAUAGUGAGAGCUGAUGUUGUGGAAUAUAGCCAAAUUCAUGCUAAAUUGUUUUUGAUGCAGUCAACUCUCAAGCUGCUUUGCACCAGAGUCCUUACUUAGCUUUGGCUACCAGAAACGAAAGAAAGUACUAGCGAUGUUAUAAUAUAACAGUGAGUAAAUCUAAAAAAGACAGACAAAUAUGUACAUUGAGUACUGCUGUUCAGUUGGCUCGUUUCUGGCCAAAUUUCAUAAUGGCAUACGUAGCAUCAUGACAUUUACACUUGCAGUCGUGUUCAGUGAAAAUUAAUUAAAUGGAAUUCAAUGGAGUUCACACUGGUAAUAUUGAAAUACAGUUUCUCAAAUAUUGAUAAAAAUAUAUAUUCUUGCAUCAAACAAAAUAAUAACAUUUGAAAAAAAGAAAUUAAUAAAAAGUGGUUAAAUGGGGCUCUAAGCUUACUUUUUUUUAAUGUAAAGAAAAAAUAAAAUAAAUUAGGAGCCCAGUCAAAAAUUUCAGGAGCACCUUCUAAUCAAUAAUCAAAAACUCUGAUGAAAUAUUAGCCUUCCCAUUACAAGAUGAUAUUUGACUCCUUAAAGUGAUUUACAGGGAAUUUAGUUUUUACACCUUUGUAAUGGCAUUUUUCUAACUUCAUAAAAAAUAUGUCAUCUUUUAAGUCAAAUUAAAAAAUAUAUAUAUGUAUAAUCUGUUUAAACUAAUUAAAACAACAGAAUAAACUCAAGUAGAAAAAGUUACCAAUCAAAUUAAAUCAGUAUUAAUUAUUUAUUUGUAUUUUUUUUCUACAGAGGUGGCACUAAAGAACACAAAAGUGGCUUGUUAGGUAUAGACGUUAAAUGAAUCGAAUUCGUCCAAAUUUAAACAAACUAAAUAACAGAAAAGAUACUUUAAAAAUGGAAUUAAAACUGCCAGUAGGUGGUGGCAAAUCAUUGAGUUUAUCACUGAAUCAUUUAUUCAAUUGAUUUGUUCAAAUGACUAAUUAAUUCAGGAACGAAGCAAGUGACUGGCUUUGUGAAUGGGUAAUUGAUUCAGAUUCAUUUAAAAACGGGGAACCCUGGUUAUCAUUCCUAUUUUUUCAGGUCAAUUAUGAACAAUAGGUAAAAUUGAACUGCUUGCGAAAACUUGAGAGAAUUGUGUGCUCCAAAUAUUUGAAUGGCUCCUCCCCUUUGAUUGGCCCCUCAACUAAUCUCACUUUAAACUUUUGCCAUAGCUUGAGAGCUUUGGUCAACAUUUUCUGUUGACCAAAACGCUGCUGUUGUUGUUGUUUUUUUGUGUUUGACUGUUAUCCUGUAAUACAUUUACAGAUAAUUUGUGGAAGGUUACUGUUAAAUUUCGCUUAUUAGGCUGUUUAUAUAUUCCAAUAUUUGUGUAUUCUUCUCAUGUCAGAAUAAAUGUAAUAUUGUGACUUUCCCCAUAUUGUGUGACAACAUCUCCCAUCGUGUGUUAAAUGACCUGUAUAUUUCUCUUAGACCGUAACACCGGAAAUGUUCAAUAGCUAUUUGUAGUCGAGAUAAAAUGUGUCAGUACAGGAAAUAAUUCCAGUCAUGUCCCUGCUCAAAUGUCAAAGGAAUCUGGAAGGCAGAAUCCUGUGGAUGAAGGUAUGGCAAAACUGAUGUGCAGAUCAGGAUGGCGGCUGCUGCACAAGAGAGGAGAUUUGUUCACCUGUCCGCCCACCGAUGCCCUGGCGCACUGCAUCAGUGAAGACUGCCGCAUGGGAGCAGGGAUCGCUAUGCUCUUCAAGAAGACCUUCGGACAAGUAGAUGAGCUUCUGGCUCAGAAGAAGCAACCUGGGCAGUGUGCUGUCCUGAGAAUAUCAGAGCGUUUUGUGUACUACCUGGUCACAAAGAAAAAGUACAACCAAAAACCCACCUAUGACAAUCUCAGACAGAGCCUCGUGUCUAUGAGGGAACACUGCUUGGCCAAUGGCGUUAACAGUAUAUCCAUGCCUCGGAUUGGCUGUGGUCUGGAUAAACUGAAAUGGGAAAAUGUGUCUUCCAUUAUCACAGAAGUCUUCCAGGACACACAAAUCUCCAUCACUGUGUACACAAUCUAGACCACAUUAGGUCUGAAACUUGAAGAAUGGUUGGGGGGUGGCUUUCUAUUCCAAUGGAAUUUCACAGCAUAGUGUAUGGUGUGUAGGGUGUUCAUUAGUCUUGUUCUGGGAAACAUAGGCUCUUAAGACUGUUCCAGUUAUAUACUCUAAGAAUAUGUAGGGGUUCAGUUCCAUUGUUCUUCCAUUCUACUGUUGCAUCUCUAAAUGUGUGGAUGUUCAUUUCUUCACUAAAGGGUCACUGGAUUGUUUGAUAAAUUAUGCUUUCUAGUUCAUAGUUUUCCAGUCAUUAUCACUAAAUUAAAUGUACCUCUAAUAUUAAUGCACUAUAAAUGUCCCAUAAAUAAUGAUUCCACCAUUAUUCUGAUAUCCUUAUUUUCCAAUUUUCUUCUUCAGUACAUUGGUUCUCAUCUGUGUUACUGGAGAUGUUUCCAAUCUGUGUCUCAUUUCCAAAGCAGUACCCUCCAAAGGUCGCAUUUGUCAUCCUCGAACGUCACAGAACCUCUCUCAUUUCAGAAAAGCAACCAUUAUAAAAUUCACUCUUAGUCCUCAUGAGGCAUAGUUACAGUCAUUUCUGUCUUUAGAAUAUAACAGUCAGCAGAUAAAGCAGACAAAUGUGACCUCUGGAGGGUGCAGCCUUUGAAAUGAGACACAGCGAAAAUGUGCAGUUUAGGGGGGACUCGAGGAACGCAGUUGUGAUCCACUGCAUCAGUACAUAUAUAUAGCAUAGAAAAGCAUCACACCACUGUCUUUAAAUUGGGCAGUUGUGCUAAUUGACUCGUGUUUAUUGUUUUACAUACAGGGAGAAUGCCAAAAUUCAUCAUAAAAUAAAAAAUUGAAUACGGUAUUUAAACAAUGCUUAGAGGCUAGAGCAAAGCAAACUAUAUUUUAGUAAGCAAAAGAAUUAGCUUAGAAUGAACAGGAAUUUUAUGCUUGAAUUUUGCAACCAGAUGUUUAGCUUCUAAAAAUUUUCUUAAAAUGAUACUUAGUAAAAAUAUUACCUUUAUUAUUUAUUUAUUUGUGGUUUGAAUUCAUAAUGUAAGUUUCAAAUCGAUAAAGUCAACAAAGUGAUUUCACAGGAUGAAUAGUGUUGACAGAGAAAACAAUGCUGUUGUAAUUAUAGGGACAUUUUAAAAAUUAGCUUUUUAAGUAUUAUAUUUGUUGUUGGCUGUUUUUUGCUUACCCUACUUUAAAAUAUCACACAAUCUCUCAUCAUAAUAAUCAUAGCUAUCUUGACAGUCCUCCCAGGGUGUAAAGUUAUCUUCCUCGUUCUCAACGAACGUAGACCAAACAUACGCAAAAUCCACAGGCCUCAUCAUGCGUAUUUUACACCCUGCCCUAACUAGCGCCUGAAGUCCGGCCUGUAUCUCUGCUUCCUCCCACUGGAAGAGACGGGAGCAGUGGAUAUUAAGGCGCAUUGUCUUGCGAGCUCGCAAGAUCUCUACGAGCUUAGCAGAGCAGGAUGCGCAAGGACUCGAGGACGUGUACCAGGUCACUGUGUAGUGGAGUGACUUGUCAUAAUAGGCCAGCACUUGAUGAAAGAAGGCCUCUUCAGCAUGUGAACCUGAAUGCUCAUCCUCCAGGUAACCACGAAGGCCUUCUGUCUCUGCAGAGCCUCCUUGAAUGUCUACCUGGUAGCACAGGAAGGUCUUGUUGCGUCCAGAGGAAUAUUCCACAUUUUUAAAUUGGAACUUAAAGAAGGUCGGGUUCAUUCGGUCUCUGUGGGAAGAGUUUGGAAAUGAGACUUUAAGGUUGAAAGCUGGAAUACACUACAUGACAUCAUUACUGAAAAUUAGAACAGAUUUUAAAUACUGUUUGUCAAAGUUGUGUGGUGUAGCUUCAAAACAAAUGAAUGGAUUAACACUGGACAAGAAGUGCUUCUGUUAGGCAGUGACUCAAAAGGAUGUAAUUUUUUCUUGUAUUGAUCACUUUUUUAAAAUAAAUUCAUAUCUCAGGUGA